GUUAUGGCGACUGGCGAUCUCGUCCACGCUCUCAACUCCGCCAUCGAUCGCGAGUUCGCGGAGCCGCGGCGGAUCAAGGUGUCCCACGUCUUCUCGGCCGAGUCGGACCCUGCCAAGCGGGCUUUCAUCAAGAAGAUGUUUCCGCGGUGCAACUACGUGUUCGGUGACAUGACGAAGUUGGGGCCCAUGGGUGCGCUCGUGACCAACUACGUGCAUGACGGCGAGGACGCCGUGCCCAGGAACGUGGACAUUCUCAUCGUGGGCUUCCCGUGCGACGACGUGUCUCUCAAGAGCCAUGCAGCUCGGAGCGGCGCGAACGAUUCGGUCGUGGACGAUGCAUCUGCCAGGACGGGCUCCUGCUUCGAAGGCAUCAUCGAGUACGUGCUGAACAGCGGGUGCAAGUUGGUGGUGUUGGAAAACGCAUGGGGCCUCUACGCCACGGGCAACUUGGCCCAGUGUCAGCGGAAGCUCCAUGCGGCUGGCUUCUUCGCCAGGGUGUACCUCCUGAACCCGUCCAAGCAUUUUGGGUGGCCGCAGCACAGGCCUCGUUUCUGGUUCGUGUGCAUCAAGAGGACCGCUGCCCCUAUCGGCAUUCCUGACAGCGCCGUCUUCGCGAAGGUCGACGAGUUGAUGGCCCGCUUCGCGAAGGACCAUGCCAGGGUCGAGCUGAGCAACGUCAUCUUCCCCGAUAGCAACAGGAAGGUUCGCACAUAUUUGGAGACCGGCCCCACUACGCCACCAGACCGCAGGCCGAUCGUGAGGACUCCGCGGCGCCCAGUCAAGAAGGCGCGCGGGGGAGAUCCUCUUGCUGGCGCUGCAGUUCUCCCGAGGUGGGUUGACGACCACAUCUCUCGGUGCGCCAACGCUGGGACGGAUGAUUGGUGGAAGCCGAGCAUGCCGGACAGGGAGACGCUCGGCAUGCUUCCUGGACUGCAGAGGCUCUCUGCCCGCCAGUUCGACGUCCUCCAGCAGCACGGCGUCGAGGUGCCGUGGGCCGGGGGCGACGCCAAGCUGAUCGACCUCAGCCAGUGCACCCAGUUCUGCGAGGCGCCCGGGGCCAGGGUCGGGGCGCGGGAGGGUUGA